AUGUUACUUCUUGAUCUUCCAACGGAGCUUUUACUCUCAGUUCUAGAAUACGUCAAUGUGUGGGAAUGGAAGCAGGUUAGGCAGACCUGCAGAAGCCUAAGCAAGCUUGCAACGCCUCUUCUUUUCCAGGAGAUUAACUUUAAGCUCUGCGAGCACGGCUGCGAGUCCUUGUAUAACAUCUCCCAGAACUAUAUGCUCAACCGUUUUGUCAAGACCAUCGCGCUCCGCAGAAUUCGUGGAUACCGGAAGUUUGCGGACUUCAACGCCUGGGUGGAGUGCAUACACCAGCCAGGCACUCCAGAUCACAUCCCAUGGAAGACUUGUCAUACAACUUACUACGAGAAUGAAGAACUACGUAGUCAGCUCAUGCCAUACGAAGAGUGGGCUAGAUUGUCCAAGGAAGAGAAAAGUGUGCUCUACGAAGCGUACAACGCAGACCGCGAGCUGCAAAACAAAGACGCUUGGUCUAUCGCAAACGCAGAAGCAGGGAAUGUUUCUGUUACUCAAUUUGCCAAGGCCCUCCAAACACUGCCGAAUUUAAGUGCCCUUGAGCAUGAACCUAGAUUUCUUGACACUGACGCAUGGGCUCUUCAAUGGCGAGAUGUUUAUUUCCACCCCGACUAUAUUAUUGGGUUUACAGAUAACGAUGAAGACGAAGACAUCGAUGCCCUACAAUUGUCAGUCGUGCUCGAAAGGCUCGCAUACUUCAGAGGAAAAGGCCAGAGGCUACAGAAGAUGAGCAUGUAUAUUGGCGGCCCUGCCUUCGCAACACCAGCGCGCUUGAAACUUCUAAGGCUCAGCGGCAGUCAUAAGAUUACACGUCUCUGUCGAUCCAUUCAUGCGACUUCGCCAGAAGCAGACGCAGACGCCCGUACUGGCCUUGUAGAAUCUGACGAGAUUAAGCUGCUCUAUAGGCGGCUGCAAGCGAUGGCGUGCGCGUUCUCUGAUCUGACUUGUCUUGAUUUCUGUGUGUCUGAUAAUGACGAAAUGACAGGCUGCAUGGAGAGCGCAGCGAAGCUCGUCCUUUACUUUCUCAUUAGUGCUACCAAACUCCAACAACUGAGCCUAGCAUUCGGAAGACUUGUUGAUGGCUAUCUUCGUCCAACGUAUGGGAGCCAAGAGAGUGAACAGGCACGAGGCUCCAUAAUGCUACUUUCACAUCUUAGUCUUCACUCGCGUUGGAAUCAGAUCUGCAACGUUGAACUAGAGAUAGCGACCGAUCGGAAGACAUUGAUGGGUUUUCUGCUUGCGCACAAGGAUACGCUUCGCUGUCUCACACUUGUACGCACGUCUCUUAAAUUGGGCAAUGCCUUUGCCUAG